CAAACGAGCUCAUCACAUUUUUCACUCUCAGAGGUGAGGUUCACAUUCAGCGCUGGGAAGCUUCCAUCCUCGACCUGUCAGCUGAAUUCAUCAAAUCUCGGGAAUCUACACUUCACUCCAAGCACUUCUUUUUUCAACUGAGAGGGGAUUUAGUCACUCGUUGAAAUGGAUGAUUUGAACGGAACUAUCGAUCCAAGAUGUUUAGGGGAUCGUCCGCUGACUAUGGAGGUCAUUAAUUACCUAAGUGUGUUCGGGAUCACUCUGUACACCAUCCUCACAUUCAUGACCUUGGUGUCGAUUAUAGUGUUUUUAGAGAUGUGUGUGUACAUCUACAAAAAAGUGCCCUACCCAAAGAAGACCAACAUCGUAUGGGUCAUUGGAGCUGCACCAGUCAUUUCCACCAUGUGCUGCCUUGGACUGUGGAUCCCAAGAGCCACUUUGUUCACAGAUAUGACGUCUAACUCAUACUUUGCUAUCGUAAUUUACAAGUUUCUAAUCCUCUUGUUCGAGGAGUGUGGGGGUGAAGAGGCCUUUCUGAGGUACUCUGAGAAGAAGACGAUCAAGGUUAGCACUGGACCCUGCUGCUGCUGUUGCCCCUGCCUGCCCCCAGUGUCUAUUACACGGCGCUUGCUGUUCUUGCUAAAGCUGGGGUCUCUGCAGUACGCCAUUCUGAAGACCGUGUUCUCCAUCUUCUCUAUUGCAUUAUGGGCCAAUGGAAACUUUGAUGUUUCAACUCUGAGUAUAUAUGGAACUGCACUCUGGAUAAACUUAUUUGUAGGAGUGCUGACAAUCAUUGGCUUGUGGCCUAUAGGAAUCAUGUUCAUGCAUGUACGCGACUCCCUGCGCCCCCUCAAGAUCAUGCCCAAGUAUGCCAUGUAUCAGCUGGUCUUUGUUCUGAGCCAGUUACAGGCGGCUAUUAUCAAUAUCCUGGCCGUUAAUGGUGUCAUUGCCUGCUCACCACCCUUCUCCUCCGUUGCCCGAGGAUCUACGUUUAGUCAGCAGCUGAUGAUUGUGGAGCUGUUCGUCAUCACAUUGGUGACCCGGAUGCUGUACCGACGCAUAUAUGAACCGGUCAACCUGGAUCCCCAUGAGAACGACAAUGAGAUGAACGUUAAGAUCAGACUGUGCCCUAACUCAGUGGAGGAGCACACAGCCUGAGACAGAGAGAGAGAGAGAGAGGGAGAGAGAGAGAGAUCUAUUUAUGAAAUGUAUCAAUGCCUUUUUAAAAUGCUUUGUUGAAAAAGUGUUAUAGUGUAUCAAUAUUUCUUAUAGCAGUGCUAUAAGUUUAAGCACAAGUCGUAAGUUCAUAUCUGCCUUACUUUUUUACAUGUUCACUAGUUCAGCAAAUUACUUUUAUUAUAGACUGAUCACUUUAUCGCUUGCCUUCCAGGCCUUCAUUUCCAGAAUUCAGAAUAUGAAUACAGUUACCCUUUACAUUAUUUGAGAACACGUACCUUUAAAGGAAAAUAACCUUUACAAGAAACACCACUAGUGUUUGUUUAUUAACUAUUUUGAAAUCAACACAAGGUAUGUAAAGACAUGCAAAGAAAAACUCACAAAAACAGCUUAUUUACAAACACUGUUCCUGCUAAAGCCUGAGUAGACUGAUAAACCAAUGUGAUGAUAUUAAUCUCAGUGUUACUGAGCUCUCCACUUUAUAUCAACUUAAAAUUUUUUACAAGAUUUUGUUAUUGGGAUAUGGCAAAUUGCUUGAUUAGUUCACGAGAGGACAGUGGAAUUAACAGUCAGUGGACUAAAGCAGGCAGUGAGAGCCAAAAAUAACAUUGAGAAUUUUGCAGCUUCAUUUAAAUGAGUGAAUUUAAUGAAUGGACCAUGAAGAGAAGGAUUACACGAAAAAAAAUGACAACCGGCAACACUGAAUUUUAACUUACUUACAGCACAGUUUUCCCAUAUGUCUCAACAAUAUUUAUUCUAAAUGUAUGAAUGCAUUACUUCUUUAUGUACUGUAAUGGAAUACAUACCUGAAUACAUUUAGGAUGGUGUAUUCAUUAUUCAGCCAUUCAUCACUACUUUUUCUGUAAAGUAUUCUGCCCAACUCUGCUAGAGACGCUCUGAUAUGGGAACUGUGGCCGAUAUCUGACAUUUUUCGUGUACGUAUCUGUCAAUGCUUAUGUAUAAUGUGUAGAAAUUGGGACUAAAAUCACCUUGAUGGGUUACACAAGCGGUAAAAUGAAUAAAAUGCUGAUGUUUUAGCACAGUAGCCCAGCAUCUACUAAACAUUCUGGUCUUCCACUAAAUACGUCAUCAAAUAUCAUUUUGAAAUACCAGUCAAAUCUGUCCAACACUGAUAUUUUUUAAGCAAUCAGCUACUGAUACUGAUAUUUUUCAGAUAUCAUUGUGUAUCUCUACCUCCAACCUUCCAGUAUUCAUUUUCAAUUGACUUCAGGUUGUCAUUAUAAAACAUAUACACCAAGUAUACAGUAUCAGACCUCCAACAUUGUUGAUACACUGCCCUUCUUUUUACAGCAUGGUUACCUGGUGUUUUGUGUUUAUUUGGUUGUUUGUCCCUUUUUAAAACUUUUGAAUAGGCAAUAACCCCAUUUAGGCAUAAAUUAACUGACCUAUAGUCUCCCAAGUACUUUGUCAACAAUCCUACAAUGCUGUUGUCUCAUAAAAACAAACUAUAACAAACUUUUGUUUAUAAAUGUCACUGUUUUUAAAAUAUAUAUU